CAAUACUUAAAAAAGCAACGCCGAUGUCCCAGCUGGAUUACUGAGCCCUUUUGUGAUUCCUGGAGGUGUUUAAAUAAGAAAUUGUCCUCAGUACUUGGUCUGUCAUCCCAGAAGCAUCCGCUUGGGUACUGUAUGCAAGUCCUCGACAUUCUGGAAACGAUGGGGAUUGGUAAGAAUACCACUUCGAAAUCAGUGGAGGCGGGAGGCUCCACAGAAGGCAAAUACGAGGACGAAUCUAAGCAUCCCACCUUUUUCACCCUGCCUGUCGUGAUAAAUGGUGGAGCAACAUCCAGCGGUGAUCAGGAUACAGAAGACACAGAGUUGAUGGCCAUCUAUACCACAGAAAAUGGCAUAGCAGAAAAGAGCUCUUUGGCAGAGACGCUGGACAGCAGUGGCAGUUUAGAUGCACAGAGAACUGACAUGAUCUACACUAUCGAAGAUGUUCCUCCUUGGUAUCUCUGCAUAUUUUUGGGGUUACAGCAUUACUUAACAUGUUUCAGUGGAACUAUAGCAGUGCCCUUUUUGCUAGCUGAUGCCAUGUGUGUUGGAUUUGACCAGUGGGCUACCAGCCAGUUGAUUGGGACCAUUUUCUUCUGCGUGGGCAUCACUACAUUGUUACAAACAACUUUUGGGUGCAGGUUACCCUUGUUUCAGGCGAGUGCUUUUGCAUUCUUAGCACCUGCUAGAGCAAUACUCUCCCUGGAGAAGUGGAAAUGUAAUAAUACAGGUAAAUGUUUUACAAACGGAACAACAGAACUGCUUCACACUGAGCACAUCUGGUAUCCCAGAAUACGAGAGAUCCAAGGUGCUAUUAUCAUGUCCUCCUUGAUAGAAGUGGUGAUCGGUUUGCUUGGCCUCCCCGGCGCCCUGUUGCGGUAUAUUGGACCUCUGACCAUCACGCCAACUGUUGCUCUCAUCGGCCUCUCCGGUUUCCAAGCUGCUGGAGAAAGAGCAGGCAAACACUGGGGUAUCGCGAUGUUGACUAUUUUCCUAGUGUUGUUGUUUUCUCAGUAUGCCAGAAAUGUCAAAUUUCCCUUACCUAUUUACAAAUCCAAGAAAGGAUGGACAGCAUACAGGCUGCAGCUUUUCAAGAUGUUCCCUAUUAUUUUAGCUAUUUUGGUGUCGUGGUUGCUUUGCUUCAUCUUCACUGUGACAGACGUCUUUCCCCCUGACAGUUCGAAGUACGGUUUCUACGCUCGCACAGACGCCCGACGAGGAGUGCUGUUGGUAGCUCCGUGGUUCAAGGUUCCUUAUCCUUGUAA